AUGACGCUCCAAUCGCGAAUUCAGAACCCCAUCCUAUACCCCUACUUUUCAUCUUUCAAGUCAUCCAUCAUUGGUGGUGGUAUCACCGGCGUUACGAGCGCUGCCCACUGUAUUGGUCAUGGCUGUGAUGUCCAGAUCUUCGAGGCCGGAAAGGAGGAGAACAUUGGAGGAAUCUGGAGUAGAGUAAACAACACCUCGGGCCUACAAAUCCACUCCCUCAUGUACCGCUUCCACCCGUCGGUAAACUGGAAGCAAGGCUACCCGGACAAGCACCAAAUCCUCUCCCAGGUCCGCGAGCUCUGGAAGCGUUACCGCCUCGACGAGCGCACCGUCUUCGAAACCCCCGUCACCAGCGCCCGCCAGGACCCCGAGACCAAGAAAUGGACCAUCAACAACGACGCCGAAACGUACGGCCAAUUCGACGGCAUCAUCUGCGCCGUCGGCACCUGUGGCAAGGCCAAGGUCCCCCACAUGCCCGGCAUGGACUCCUUCCAGGGCGAAAUCCACCACUCGAGCCAGCUGACGGGUAAAGCCGCCAAGGGUAAGACGCUGAUCAUCAUCGGCGGCGGCGCCAGCGCCGUCGAAAGCCUCGAAUUUGCCGUGGAAGAGGGUGCUGCUCAGGUAUACGUGCUCGCCCGCUCCGAGAAGUGGAUCAUCCCCCGCCACCCCAUCGUCAACAUGCUGCUGGCGCUCAACAUCUUCGGACAGGAGACGCGGUGCAGCUGGAUCCCCGAGUUUUUCUUGCGUAAGCUGUUUUACCGGGAACUGGAGGACAUUGCCCCGCCCUCGGACAAGAAGGGUCUCUACACUGAUACGCCCAUGGUCAACUCGGAGGUGAUGAACCAGAUCCGCAGCGGCAAGGUGAAGUGGCUGCGCUGCGACAUCGAGGGCUUCACCGAGAACGGAGUCAAGAUCAACCGCCGCGAAAAGGGAACCAACCCCAGCGACCCGGGCCAGACGGAGGAGAUCGAUGGCGACAUGGUGGUUAUGGCUACCGGAUACGAAAGGCCCAAGCUGGACUUCUUGCCCAAGGAGUGUCUGGAGGGCGACUAUAAGCCGCCCAGCUGGUACCUGCAGACGUUCCCGCCGCAGUUCCCGAGCGUGUCAGCCAUCAACUGCACGUACAUGAACGGCAUCGGAUCGGUGGGCAACUGGCACAUUGGUAUCUACACCAGGCUGCUGUUGGUCUUUUUGCUCGAUGACCGCACCCGCCCUUAUCCUUUCUGGAUGAAGCGGUGGAUUGACAUGACGACUUUCCUGAAGGCGAGAAGCCCUGUUGGGCCGUUUGAGUUCUUUACGUACCUCGAGCUCAUGUGGUGGUUCUUUUUCUCCAUCGCCAUCAACCCGUUCCGCUGGAAGUGGGCGUUCUUUGUCUUCUUUGGUCUCGGCGAGUACUUGCCCAUGAAGGUGGUUGCGGCUGAGGAUAGACUGCGCAACAGGUUGCAAGCGAGGGAGGCGGAGGAUCAGGGUACUAUGGUGAAUGGAGUCCACCAUGUGCGUGAGGAGGAGAUUCGUGGAAGGACUAUGCGUAUUGUAACCUGA